AUGGCUCAAGAGAAAGGUCCCCCACCUCAAGUUCAACCGUCAACCACGCCCGCCUGGGGUAUCGCCGAUAGAAGCGUGAAAGAAGAAUCAAACGAAGACAAGAACAACGAUUCAGGUGUAUCACCCGAUCAUUCCACGAGCAAUUCUGGUUCGCCGAGUACAUCGACAUCAUUUUCGACAGUUAUCUCUAGCAUGUCACCGGAAAGUGGGAGUUCGCAGGAUUCGCAUAACGUAGGAAGCAAUACAUACUGUUACAAUCCACAGGGGACGGUUAAUAACAAUCACCCAACUCCCGGACCUUCGGGACGUACUUCAAAGAGUGGAAGUAAGCCGAAACAAAAGGCUGGCGGUUCUAAAGUGACGAAAUCAGCAAAAGCGAAACAAAAACGUACACCCAAGAAGAAUAUCCUGCAAUGUCCUAUUUGCGAGUUCAUUACGUACGAUAGGGGGAUUUUCUUUUACAGGGCACAGUUCUCGACUCAUUUAACGGCACAUUCUACGUUAAGAAGAGACGCUUCAGAAGCGUUAAAAUCUAUGGUUAACCAGCUGGGAGCGGAAUCAGCAUCUGCCGCAACUCAAGGCGAAUGUUCGAGACAGCAAGCAGACGAGGACCCGGGACUCCGAGUUCCACGAUUGAAUUCGCAAGGCAAAGUGAAAACUUUUAAAUGCAAACAGUGUACUUUCAUAGCCAUAACUAAACUCGAGUUCUGGGAGCAUAGUCGGUGUCAUAUUAAGGCUGAGAAGCUCUUGUCUUGCCCAAAGUGUCCUUUCAUCACUGAAUAUAAACAUCAUCUGGAAUAUCACCUGCGGAAUCAUCUUGGCUCAAAACCUUUCAAAUGCAGCAAGUGUCCAUAUUCAUGUGUGAACAAAUCCAUGCUUAACAGCCAUCUUAAAUCUCACUCGAAUGUCUACCAAUAUAGAUGCGCCAACUGUUCAUAUGCUACAAAGUACUGUCACUCGUUGAAACUUCAUUUGAGAAAGUAUGACCACGAUCCGGCGAUGGUGUUGAACGCCGAUGGUUCGCCGAAUCCACUUCCUAUUAUAGAUGUGUAUGGAACACGUCGUGGUCCGAAACCGAAGGCGGUCAAGUCUCCUGAUGAGGCAGGCCCGAGCACCGCUGUUGACAGCAACGCUCAAGUUGCAGCAUCUUCUCCUCAAUCAGAGCUUCCACCGGAAGUGUCUCCGAUUAACCAUCAGUUGUCGAUAUAUACAAUAAACGACUUGAACAUUAUAAAUGCAGCGAACGCUGCAAAUGCUUUGAACAGUGCGAACAACUUAAACAUCGCAAAUAACUUGAAUGCAGCGAAUAUUAUUAACGUUGCAAAUACUUCGAACAGCGCUAGCCCUUUGAACAUCGCAAAUAACUUGAAUGCAGCGAAUAUUGUUAACGUUGCGAAUAAUUCAAACAGCGCAAGUCCAUUGAACAUCGCAAGUAACCUCAAUGGAGCGAAUACUUUUAACAUGGCAAGCACUAUGAACAGCGCAGGACCCAUGGACACCGCAAAUAUCUUCAGUGGAGUAAAUGCUUUCAAUGGCGGAAGCCCAUUGAACGUCGCGAACAGUAUCAAUGCAGCGACUGCUUUCAACAUUGCAAAUACUUUGAACAACGGAAACCCCUUGAACACCAUACAUAACUUCAAUGCAGCGAAUAUUUUUAAUCUUGUAAAUACUUUGAAUGGCGCAAACCCCUUGAACAUUGCAAGUAACUUCAGUCCAGCGAAUAUUUUGAAUGCCGCAAACACUUCGCAUGGAGGAAGCGCUUCACGUGGAGCAAGCACUUCGCAGGGCGCAGGCACUUCGUAUGAUGCAAGCGCCUCGUAUGGACCAAGCACUUCGCAUGGAGCAAGCACUUCGCAGGGCGCAGGCACUUCGUAUGAUACAAGCACGUCGUAUGGGCCAGGCACUUCGUACGAACCAAGCACUUCGUACGGACCAAGCACUUCGUAUGGACCAAGCACUUCGUAUGGACCAAGCACUUCGUAUGCCCCAAACACUUCGUAUGGCCCAAGCACUUCGUAUGCUCCGUGCACCUCCUAUGGCCCAAGCACCUCGGCUGGACCAAGCACCUCGGCUGGACCAGGCGCUUCGGCUGGACCAAGCACUUCGUAUGGCCCAAGCACUUCGUAUGGCCCAAGCACUUCGGCUGGACCAAGCACUUCGUAUGGCCCAAGCACUUCGUAUGGCCCAAGCACUUCGGCUGGACCAAGCAUUUCGUAUGGCCCAAGCACUUCGGCUGGACCAAGCAUUUCGUAUGGCCCAAGCACUUCGGCUGGACCAAGCACUUCGUAUGGUCCACGCACUUCGUAUGGUCCAAGCACUUCGGCUGGACCAAGCACUUCGUAUGGACCAAGCACUUCGUAUGGCGUGAAUAACUUCAACGCUGCAAAUAUUUUCAACGGCGCGUUUAGCUUGAACGGAGCAAAUAAUUUAAGCAAUGCGAAUAUCUUCAACUUCUCGAAUAUGUUGAACUGUGCGAGUAUAUUGAACGAUACCAAUACGUUGAACAAUGCUAUUAUUUUAAACGCUGCCAUCUUGAAUAGUGUCAACAUGUUGAACGGAGCUAUUGCGAGCAGUGCCACCUCCGCAAGAGGACUCAACGAGGUCAUACCGAAUCAAUCAUUCGCGACUUUCCCAUACAAUCAGAUAUUCGCUCGCUUUCCAUUACUGCCCUUCCUUGCUGCCCAAGGCAACAAUAUCGUAAAAGAAUUCGACCAAAUACAAUCUAAGGUGAUGAUGGACUACUUGGUGAUGUUAAACGGAGGAAGGAUGUUGGAUGAUUCAUUUGAAAAUCUCGUGCUCAGAUGGCCCGAUGGGAGCAAUGUUUCAAAUGAUGUGGCCGAUAAUUCGCCAAAUAACGAGGCGCUUCGCGAUAUGAUUUCCAUUCAGCCUGAUUUGAUGAACAUUGUAGAAGAAACAGAGCAGGAGGAGGCACCUUUAGAUCUUAGUAAACCCAGUACUUCUAAAAAUGUUGGCAAAUCAAAAGAGACACGUGCUAGCAGACGCAAGGGGAAAGCUGUAAAACUGAAUCGUCGGGUGGUCCAGAAGUCCGAUGAAGAAGAAUCACGUGAGCAGCAAGAACAAUCGCCCAGGCUUCAAUCUCCCAAUGACCUUUGUUUCUUUGGGCAAACAGGUUACGACUGGAGCAAGUUUACACUGAGCCAGAAAAUCAUUUGUCAACACUGUAACAUUGUGUUUGGUAACCUAGUGAUGUAUACUAUCCAUAUGGGGUAUCACAGUGAAAACGAUCCUUAUACUUGCAACGUUUGCGGCGUUCCGUGUGGCAACAGGAUACCCUUCUUCUUGCAUGUCGCCAGAUCAAAACAUUGGUAGAUCUUCUCGGCAGUAAAUCCGCGAUAAACUCUGAUCGAAUUUUAUAUAACUAUAAAAGCCUACCUACUACCUAAUAAAAGCCGAGCCUACUUUUUUUUCUAAUGCUUCAAGCUACACGGAAUAGCGGGCACGGUAACGUGAAGGAAUAAACCUGAAAAGAUAGUGUGCCGUGAUCGAUAAGAAAUUCCGUCCUUCGUUCUAUACGCUGAAGCAACUGAAUACAUAGCUAAUUGUUACAGAUAUUAAAAAAGACUAUAGAUAAGGUAUCUAAUAGA